AACUUGUAUAUAUGAGUGCGUGUCUGUGUUGCAAAUUAUGAGAAAAAGAGUCGUCAAGGAAAUGGGGAGUGAAGAGAGAGCUACUGAAACUAGUGUUCUAGCACUGCCUUUACCUUUCCAGGGCCACAUGAACCCAAUGCUCCAAUUUUCUAAACGUAUAGCCUCCAAAGGAAUCAGAGUGACACUAGUCUCCUUCACCAACAAAGUGUUAAUAGGGGAAAAUGGCCCUAUUAAUGUCGAAGUCUUUCCUGCUUACAGUAGUGAAGAAGAUGAUGGCUAUCUAAACAACUUGCAAGCUACUAUGCGACAAACGUUACCACAGAUCGUUGCAAAACAUAGCGAGUCUGGUUUCCCAGUAAGUUGCGUCAUAUAUGACUCGUUAAUGCCUUGGGUUCUAGACAUAGCUAGACAGCUUGGGCUUCCUGGAGCUUCACUCUUCACGCAGUCUAGUGCCGUUAAUCACAUAUAUUACAAACUUCAUGAAGGGAAGCUUAAUGUUCCUACUGAACAAGUCCUUGUGUCAGUAGAAGGGAUGCCACCACUUGAAAUCUAUGAUCUGCCUAGCUUCUUUUAUGAAUUGGAAAAGUACCCGACCUGCCUAACCUUCAUGGCUAAUCAGUUUUUGAAUAUUGAAGAAGCUGAUUGGGUGUUUUUUAAUACUUUCAACAGCUUGGAAGAUGAGGUGCUGAGAGGGAUGACAAGCCAAUGGCCUGUAAAAUCAAUAGGGCCAACUAUUCCAUCAAUGUAUCUGGACAAGAGGGUGGAAGAUAACAGGGAAUAUGGCAUCAACCUAUUCAAGCCCAAUGUAGAAAAUUGCAUGAAGUGGCUAGACUUAAGGGAAGCUAGCUCAGUAGUUUAUGUAUCCUUUGGGAGCAUAACUGAUUUGGGAGAAAAGCAGAUGCAAGAAUUAGCAAAUGGACUAAAAAGGAGUGGUCAUUAUUUCCUGUGGGUAGUUAAAGAACCAGAAGAGAAAAAACUUCCAAGCAACUUUGUUGAGGAGACAUUGGAAAAGGGUCUGAUAGUGAAUUGGUGCUCUCAGCUAGAAGUUUUAGCUCACAAGUCCAUACGGUGCUUCAUGACUCACUGUGGGUGGAACUCAACACUUGAGGCCUUUAGCUUGGGAGUGCCAAUGGUGGCAAUGCCACAGUGGGCAGAUCAAUCAACUAAUGCAAAAUAUGUUGCUGAUGUUUGGCAUGUUGGGGUUAGAGUAAAGUUAGAUGAAGAGGGAAUAGUUACGGAAGAAGAAAUAGAAUUGCGAAUAAGGGAAGUGAUGGAAGGAGUGAAAGCGAAUGAGAUCAGAAAAAACUCGGAGAAAUGGAAGAAACUCGCCAGAGAAGCAGUAGAUGAAGGUGGGAGUUCUGAGAAGAACAUAGAGGAAUUUGUAGCAGAACUCAUCCGUAGCUCCUCUGCAACCAAAUUGUGAAGUCGUUCCGACCAAAAAGAAAAACAAAUGUAUGAAUCUACAAAUAUAAUAAGUGCAUGUUCUUUUUUUAUA